AUGUCUGAAUCGAGCUUGUAUGGUACGGACACCCCGCGAACGGAUUCCGAGACAGAUGACUUCGAUACCUCCGAAGAUGAACUGGCCUAUGCUGCCGUAGAUACCAAGGCGCAAAAGGCUCGAAAUACGACCUCGCCCAGGACCAGCACUACCAGAUCUCGGCAGCUCAUCAAUAGCCCGAAACCGCCCGUACCUAAAGCCAUAUCAGCAUGCCUCGUCGACCCUUUUGAAACGCUGCCUAUUGCGGUCGAUGGAGUCACAAACCAGCUACUUCAUUUCUACGGCCAGGACAGCUACUGGCAAACUGCCUAUGCUCUGUCUCCCAAGAUCAAACCAUCCAUCAAGGGAUCAUGGGAGUAUCAGGCGGGCGCAUGCCUGACUCAUUUCCACAUAUUGAUGGCUCGUUCAGCGCUGCAUCAGCUACGCAUGAAUCCCAAACACAUCACGCCGGCCACAAAAAAAGCCUUGGAAUAUGCGGCAUUGCAGCAUCAGACUAAAGCGAUCAGUAUUCUUCGGGAGAAUGUGGAACGUGGCUCCAGCGCUGAUCUCAAGCUGAUAUUGACUUCCAUCAUCAGCCUUGCAACAUUUGAGCAACGGUACGGGGAACGCGAGAAAGCGGUGCUGCAUUUUAGAACCGGUAGGGAUAUCAUCCGCCAAAUUGGCCUGCAGGACGGUCUGCAUGAUCGUCUGAGAGAGGAACAGGCUCUGUGGUUCGAGGGAAUCUAUCGAGACGCCGAAGCGAGCUGGAUGUGGGGCCAGGAGGAUGCUAAUAUGCGACUUGGAUGGCUCAAGUCUCUCCUGAGGGAUGUCGAUCGGAUGUGGAGAGAUGUGCAGUUGUUGCACUUGAAGGACAAAGGGCCGUAUGUUGGCGACGACCUGAGGCUGCGUGAGUUCCUGUUCCGCGAGACAACAGGUAGGAAUGUGAGUGUGUACAGCGACAUUGAUGAAUUUGUCGCGCAGCAGCGUUGCGUCUUAAUUCUUGUAUCGAUCAUGUGUGGAGUGCACGGAGUCUUGGAAGCGCAGGGUCACCUAAAAGUGGUGUCCAAGAUGAUGGCACUGAAAGUCGCAAUACAAGCAUAUAUCGGUAUGAUCGAGGAUUUGUUGGUUGAGCAUGAUCUGGGCGAACAACAAGCAGAGGCCGACUUGCUUUGGAUGAUGUGCCAGAACUAUCGCGAUGCAAAGCCGCGCCUGGUGAACGCCGGCACGAUGAUGGUGCGAGAUGCCCUGCAAAAACUGGACCUGCGGGACUGUCAUUGGCGUGCCAGCGGGAUUGCCAAUGUGGUCAAAUAUCUUCCUCAAAGCCGGCAGCUGACAUUGAGGAACAUGCUUCUCGACUUCAUCAGCGGUAAACCUUAUUCAGGAAAGGUCAAGGUUAACGAGUUCGAGUUCAGUUAUGCCGGCGUGUGA